AAACCACACAUUUAUCGAACAAUGGCAAAGCGCAAAAGAUCUCUCCUCUCAGUUGCGCUCAAGCUGGCACAGAUCAAGAACCUAACAAUUCAAAAUCGAUCUUUUUUCCUAAUCCAAAUCGAUGGAGGUGAAUGCAUCAAGCAUCCAGAGUUACAGUAAUGAAACCUCUAAUGACUAAAUUAACCACUUGUUGAUAUUUAUGUCACAAAACAUUCAGUAUUGAUUUUUCCAAUGGACAUGCCCAGUGUUUUACUCGCUCUGCCCUAACAUGUAUCACGUUUUCCAUAAAACUCAAAUGUUGUAGUGAUUAUUAUCAAUAAGAAAUGGAGGAUUUACUGUUGAAUAUCGUGAAAGAAUCCUCGGGCUCCAAGUUGUCCAACAUAAAAAUAAGCGCCCAAGAAGCUCACGAUUUGCUAGCCUCCCAAAACAACCUCUUGAGAACACCCUCACAUGAGUUAAGGACAUCUUGUUUUUUACCGCUGAAACUAUCUCUAGAAAGUAAGAAGAGUAAACUAGUAUCAUUUGCUCUAACUGGAUUCAACAAAUUGAUAAGAGAUGAGAGGUUCCAAGCAGGCAUUGAGCCAGAAGAUGACUCAUUGUGGCUACCAGCACAACUUCUAUCUGCUACAGCUUCAAUGCUCACACAUUGUGAAGACACCCAGGUUCACAUCAUGCGGGUUAUGCUCAACAUGGCAUGUUCAGCUAGUUGGGCUUUAAAUGGCAGACUUGUUAUGCUCUUGAUAAAUCGCUGUGGCGAUGCCUAUGAGACUGGCACACAGCCAGUCAGAGCUGCUGCUCAAGCAGCAGCUAGCCAAACACUAAUGGCUUUCUGCACCUUCCUCGAUGAAGAAUGCCAAGAAAUUCUCCAACAGCAACAGAAGCACAAAAACUCGGGCAGUAGUGCUGAGAUGGUUUACACCAAAACAUCAGCAGUAGCCUGUUUUAACGAAGCCAUUCCAGUGAUGCAAUACAUCUGCAGCCGCUUAGAGGAGAUGAGAUUUUGCAGGAUUCCAAAAUCAAACGAGCUCACAGUGUUCCUACUCGAAUGUCUACUCACAUUGGUGAACACUUUACCACACACUGUGCAUUCCAACGUACACUUUUCUACUUUCCUGUGGCAGAGGUUUUGUCCAGCGUUACUUUCGUUUCUUGGCGCACCUGGAGAUCCUAGUGGACAGUAUUUAACCACCAAUCAGUCCAAAAUAGUUUACAGUAUUGGUAUCCAAGUAGUACGACUAGUUGGAAGGGAAAGGGCUCUAAGGCCAGUUCUAGAAGCUUUAUUCCAUAGAAUGCUACUGCUACCAAGUCCUCUGAAACGACUGGAGCCUCUUAAGGCAGCUAGAGAACUCUUGAGAUCACCUGGAAGACUUGCAGAUCUCCUCUUAUUGAGUGGACCAAUACAUCGACACGCUGGUGAUGAUAUGGCAAUUAUAAGACUGAUAAUGGACUCAAUAGAAGAAACUUCACAAUGUAACGAUCCAAAUGUACUUUUAGCUAGUGUUGAAUGCGUAGAUGCUUUGUUAGGGUCUCUAGAAGCACUGUCUACAGGAGAGGGUCUUGAUCAAGAAGGCAGUGAGAUAGCAAACACUCGAUAUACAACAUUAGAACAAGCGGAUUAUACAGGUCCCUUAACGUACCAAUCUAUGGCUAGACUGCCCAAACCAUACAGAGAUGUGGUGGCAAAUUUGAAAUACCAAAGUGACGAUGAUAGUAGUGGAAUAGAAGGAAACAUUCCAGAUGUACCAGGUACUGAAUCUGACUGUUCUGGUUCUACAGAGGGUCCAGAAGAAUAUGGCAGCCAGUCAGAAGAUAGUAUUAUGGAUGACGAAAGUUUUUUGACGAAUCAGCAACUGCAGAAGCUGCACAAACUGCCCAAAUCGCUAAAUUUGGGAAGGAGUGUAGUUGAAGACUGUAACAGAGAUUUGGAAAGACAGAAUGCUAGACAGUUCAUGAGAACACUCCAAAACGUGUUGUUGCCAAAACUGUUGACACUUAGAUCUUCCAUACAGAUUGAUGAGGUCUUACAAGAAUUCGCCUCAAAGUGUUGCCAACACAAUUCUGCACAAAACUGUGAAGUAACAACGAUAAUGAAUGCCGAUGGUAUAUACCUAGCCACAUAUUCAGCAUUGUUGUUAGAUCUUAAACUCAUACAAAGCAAACAUUUCGAUGAGAGCGUCAAAGACGUAGCUGUUCCUAUCACUGAAACACAAUUCGUUGAAGAAAUUCAUGGGAGUGGAGUAUUAGUGUAUGUAUCUGCUACUUGGCUGUGCGAGCUUUAUCAGAAUGUCCUGGCAAAGUCAUUGCUGUUAACUGCAGGAUUUAAUCCUAAUGCAAAUCCACAACCUGCCAUUGUUAAUUUACUGACUGAUAUUGGUGGUUUGAGUUCAUCGCAGUUUUUGACAGACUGGCAGAAGCUCCAGAAGAUCCAUGGAACUCCAGAAAGUAGUCCAGAGAUAGAAGCUGGAAUCAAACUCUCUAGGAGGGUCUUGACAUGUUGUUGGAGUUCUGUAGUAUCAGUAUUAGGUUCACCAUUAGUUGAAAAACCACAUAUAAAUGGCGCAUCUGCUCUGAGUAGACUUGUUGCUAGAAGAGCUCGACAAAAGCAUCGUCAGAGGGUAACUGAUGAUAUAAUAACAGCAAGUCUAGAAGGACUUCAGAAGGCUGCCAACCUGAGCAACACUUUGAAAUUACAAUCCCGAAGUAGCAGCAUACUAGCACAUUUGGCAGCAUCAUCUUGUAAAACACAAGGUGCAAAAUUACUAGCAUCACAUGCCUUAUCAUUAGAUGUGUUGGUGUCUAAAGGCUUAGCUUUGGGAUCUCACAGUGCAGCUUGUUGGCCCCACAUAUUCGACGCAUGCGUAGCAAUAGCCAGCUUAGAACAUGCCCUAUUCAGUAAAACAGGCUCAACUCAACUACUGAUGGUUGCUCAAAACACACAAAACAAUAUAGUCACAUCAACAACCUGCUCUAACGGCUCUGAAAAGUUGAACAUGACCUUUAAUCCAACUGUUAACGAUGAUGAGAUGUGUAUCGAUGUAUACAGCUUCCUACAGAAUAACUCUUACUCUGGCAGCAACACCCGCAAGCAAAAUUCUACUUCCAUUCCUGAAAUAAUUGAAAGAAGUGGUGUGCUUAAUGGUCCUAAUCAAGGGACCCUAAGAGGAGUGCAAGCAGCAAAAGUGUGUUGUGUUCUUUCCCAAAAAUGCGACGAACUGUUCCACUCUGCAGCUUUCAGAUUGUCACUACCAGGUCUUUGCAGCUUUCUCACCGAGUUGUGCAAAGCAUCCCAUGCUCAACUGUUCACACAUUCUGAAGAAGCUCUUCAAAAGACUAACAAAUGGUGGAAAAAAGAGCUCGAAAUUCAGAAAAAACCUCCAACUAUUCUUCUAUUACACAGAGUUGGGGAAGUCACAUUGAAAUGCAUAAGGUCAGGAAGACCUUUGAUACAUCUUAUGAAAGUAUGGGCAAUUGUUGGUCCCCAUUUCAUGCAAGCUUCGUGUCAUAAAGACAGAGCUGUAUCUAAGAAAGCAGUCACUUGCAUACACGAUGCUGUGACUGCAUUGUUCAAUGAGCAGUCUGAACUACCCCACUUCCACUUUAAUGAAGCUCUUAUUAAGCCCUUCGAGAACCUUUUGUGUUUGGAGUUGUGCGAUCCUGAUGUGCAGGACCAAAUAGUUUCUUGUCUGUGCGAAUUUGUAGAAGCUAACAGAACGGAGAUCUGUUCUGGAUGGAGAACUUUAUUUGGCACUUUACGUGUUGCUAAUGCUAAGAACAACGCUCCAGCCAUUUUGGAAGUUUUCCGUAUUUUCUUGUCGACUGACAAUACUUUAGUGUUUGCCAAUGCUGCUUUGGAUUAUAUCCUUUGUCUCUUAGCCCAUAUAAGGUCAAGCACACCCCCUGAUGACCAAGCACCUUCAGAGCCACUAAUCAAAAUUUCUCCUGUUGAAAAACAGAAUAUAAUGUUUUUGGAGAAAGGGCUGGACUAUUCACCUAAAGGUGGUCCUAUAGAUUUAUGUGUGGAGUCACUCAAACUCCUUCAAAACUGCGUAUCCAUUCUAUCGAUGAUGUACAACAUGCCUAAAUGUCCUACCUUCAACCUUACACAUAGGAUGACCAUCGACACUGAACCACAACUAGUAGAUAGGAUAAUGCAAAAUAUGGAAUACAUGAACAUACAACAAGAUGAUGAACUAUCCAUCAACGUACCCCAUGAAACAUUGUCAACUUUGAACGAGAUGAAGCUUUGCGAGGAAAACAGAAUCACUUUAUCCAAAAUGGAUAGACCUAGUGGAGUGCUAAAGAUUUGGUAUGUCCUUCUGGAAGGUUUAUCCACAGCUGCUACAACUUGCUCGAACACAAACCAAGCUCUCAUUGUUGAUACGUUAUUCACGCUCUUGAGAAACUUGAUAAUAAAUCCUGGUAUCAACUUUGGUUUUUACUGUAUCAAUCAUCUUCUCUUACCAAUGGUACAAAAUUGGUUACGACAAAUCAUGAAGACCUCUGAUAAGACCGGAGAAGUCUGGAUGAAUUUCAAACAUUGCUGUGGUUUAGCAACUGAACUUGUUGUUGAUUACAUGCACCACUCUAUUGAACAUAGAGAAAAGGAAAUGAUAGAAAAGUCACAACAAGAUCAAUUGUACAACAAUCCAGCAGCAAAUCUAGCAUUCAAGCAACUGCUUAUAGUUCUAGUGGAAAUUGGUGAUCAACCCUAUGAAAAUUUCGCUAGAUUGGGAACAUCCUGUAUGCGCCACAUUAUUUUGAGCGCUGGUAAGAUCCUAACAGCUCACCAAUGGGAAAUAUUCGUAGUGUACAUCCAUAGGGCAUGCACAAUAAGCUUGUACCCCUUACAACAGCUCAUCAAUGCUUUCAAAGAGAACUCCGACAGCUUCUACGGUGAUCUAUCUGUGGUGAAAGUAGCUGCAAGAAAAGAUUCAUCUGUUGAAGAAAAUAAAAGAAUAUACGAGCUAGCUAGGCAAAUAUUUCUCAUGCAAUCCCAAAGACCCAACUGUAACAAAUGUAUUGGAAAGUUAUGCGAUUGUGAUAUCCCCAAUGGCAUCGUUAUAGAUUCAAGAAGUUAUGUAUUCUUGUUGUACUCUCUUGAUCCAACUGCUAUCCUGAACUCUGACCUGUAUGCCACUAGAGUACCAUUUAGAAGACUUGUGGUCGGUAUUUUAGCUCAUGAAAUGUUGAUACAAACUAUUUCUAGUGCUUUAUUACAAAACUUGAAUCAUAUCACCCCAAUUCUUAAUAUUCUCCAAAUAAAUACUUGCAGUCUUAGAGGGAUAUUGACAAAUGUUAAUGCAAAGCAUGUCGACAUCAUGCUUAAAUGCCUUGAAAUAUCCAACGUAAGAGCUAAGCAGUUCGACCAGCGACCUGGAUUGAAGUUUUUAACACAAAAGGUGGGAAAUUUGAACAAAGCAGCUAACUUAUACAACCAAGCUAACACAUCUGAAGUUGUGCAAAUUAUUGUGUUGAUUGAGCUUUGCCUUGAUGGCAUCAAGAAAUACAACAUUAACCCUAAGGAUCUCAAGGGAAUUUUGGCGCAGGAUCGAAAGAUAAAUCCUUCGACGGAUCUAGAAUACGUUCAACAGUUUCUUAUAAAGCUUCAGAGUAAAUGGGAAGCUUUAUGUGAGUCCUACGUUAAGUUAACCGAAGAUUUUGGCAGGAAAAUUGAGAGUGAGAAAGUCGAGCCUGAUCAUAAGGAGAAUAUUCCGAAAGAUAUCAUCAAACCCAAUCCGUUGAAAUUAGAAGAUUUCAAAAAAGACGAUGAUUAUUUAAGCACAGAUUCUGAAAGUUAUUUGGAAAGAGAUGCAAUAGGGAACGAUUACAUAGAGAACGAUUCAGUUUUUGAAAUCCAAGUGAAUAGGUCAGAAUCACCUGAGGACAAACCUAAGCAAAGUGAAACUUGUGCUUCGACAGAUGAUGAGACCAACGAACUGGCAGCUAAAUACACCAAGCAAAUUUAUGAAAAAUAUAAAGUAGAACUGAGUUCUAUCAAAUAUGAUACAAACACCAUUCUGCAAAUGAGAAAAUCUGCGUUGUCCGAUGACAAUAUCGUUGCUGGUAUCUACCCAAAGAAUGACGAAAGGUCAAAAUCUGAAAGUUAUGAUAUCUGCUCUCAUAGUGAUAAUAACUCGGAAGAAGAAACCAAGAAACCGAUAAGAAGUGCCACUAUUACUUCGAGGGUAAAUCCGUUUUCGGUUUCUACGUAUAUUCCACCACCUCAACCUAUAUUACCAGAAAUCCAACACCAAAGAUCUAUCAGCAUAUUUAAGGAUGUUGAAGACUACAAAACGGCAAGAAUAGAAACUAUGGAAGCAUGUUUGGAGCUUCUGGGUAGUCUGUCUUCUGAUAGGUUAGGACCCUUGGCUUCAGUUCUGAAAGAUGGAGCUAUAAUGCUAGUGAGAUCUCAAGAUGACAAAAUCAAAUUGUCUGCUGAGAAUUUGUUACAGAGAAUGAAUAUUUCUUACAUUGAUUAUGACAAUUUCUAAUUUAUGAUACAUUUCUAUUGUACGUAUUUUAUAACAUAUGAUACAUGAAUGUUAUUCAACUACUCUAAAUAGCUUAUAUUCCAGUUCAAAUAAUGCAAAGUUACAAGUGAAGACGAAUUAUGAAAUUGAUUUUACUAAGCAAUAUUAUAAAUUAUUUUACGGUUGUACCAAACUGGGUUAUUCAUCGAAAGAUCUUUCCUGAAAAUUCGAUUUUAACUCAAUCUAACGUACCCCAAGAAUAUUCACAGAAUGUUAGAAAAUCUGUAGAUUACAGAAUUAUAUUUCUCGCUCGUGUGUUUGCAGCACUCGCCUUUCAGGCUCGUUCUACAAACUUCCACACUUGCGAGAAAAGUUGGACUUUCCCUACUUGUUGCACAAUAUACUAUUCCUUGAAUUUAACCAGCAAAAUUGUCUACAGAAAAAAUCUAUUAAUCUUAUACAAAAUAAAUAUCACCUUGAAUAACGGAAAUGUUCCAUAUUUUGAUUUAUAGAUAUAUAUUGGAUUUUGAUUGUUGUGAAACUUUGAAAAGAACCCAGAUUCCAACUAUGCUUUACUACAAAGUCCUUAGUUUUUUGUAGUUUCGAGGAUAAAAAACUUUUUAUCCGAUAUAGUUUAUAUUUUUAUAUUUCAAGUAGUUCUAGUUGAUAAUUUGGUACGACGAUAUAUUGAAAUUGAAACAAGGUGAAAAUAAUUGCUGAAAAUAUUUAUUUGGAAUUAAUAAUAAGUAAUACAAUGUUUGUAACAAAUAUUCUAACCUCAAUAAAAUCUUUGUUUUUA